AUGACAGACAUUCCAACAAUCCGCGAAGAUCUCUCACGGGCCACCCAGUCCGCACGGAUUGUCAUGAGAUGUCUCAACAGCGGUAGAGACUCUCAGGAAUCGUCCCAACGUGCUCUCACCCUACUAGCUGACAUUUUGGAUUUAAUUUAUCGCUUUAAGGAUCAAAUCAGCUGGGGGGAGGAUAAAUGGCUUAUCGAACCGUCACGCCUUGCAGCUCUCGCGGAAAUCCUUUCUUGGUUCGACAUGACCAUGAAGUCGAUCGAGCUAUACUUUCAACCCGGUGGUGUCGGAGUGGUCUAUUUCCGGAAACACCUGCUAGAGAGAACAUUUCUGCCACGGUUGGAACAGUACAAGGUUCUAUGGCUACUGUCAUUGCAGCCAGACUCGAGUGAGAGGCUAUUCUUGGAUCGGGAAAUUAGGAACAGUUUAAGGGCCAGCCAAGAGGUAGAAACAGGGCCGAAAGUCGAUCUCCAAUUCGAGGACGAGACUCUGAAUACUACCAGUAAAGUAUCCUCGGAGCAUUUUAUGAUACUCGCAGACCUGUGCAACAGACGACUCAAGGGGACUUGCCAGUGGAUCUUCGGUCACAGCGAGUACAGGCGCUGGCUGCUGGGUUCAUUCAAAACGCUAUACUGUGUCGGACCUGCUGGUGCUGGAAAAACCUUUUUGUCAUCCGUCAUCAUUGAUUCUUUGCAAAAGACAUUCACCACCCCCGACGUCGCGACUAUAUUCAUUUUCUGCCAAGAAGAGAAAGAGCAGACAUCCUCAGACUUGCUGCGCGAUAUCCUAGCGCAGCUCGUCUAUCGCAAGCGAAGUAUGUCAUAUGCUACCUCAUCUUUAUACCAUGCCGAGGCUUCGAGCAAAGGAAGGGCAUCGCCAAAAGCCUAUCAAAAUGCCAUCCGCGCGGAGAUCAAUCGGUUUUCUAAAGUCUUUCUUAUUGUGGACGGAUUAGACAUGUUCUCGGAUAAGGAACGCAUUCUCAGUCGUCUUCAAAAGCUUCCAGAGCACGCACAGCUUCUAGUGACCUUGCGAGAAGUUUCCCAGGUUGGAAAUGCUUCGUACGUCAGUGUUCUGGCUUCACCUGAUGAUAUUCAUCAGUAUACACACUCCCGGAUCCAGCUUGAUUCGGGACUUGAUGAGCUCUUCAAAGACGAAGUGGGUCUUCAAUUGCGACAGGAAGUACUCCAUAUGGUUAUGGAAAAGAGUCAUGGCAUAUUCCUUUUAGCAAAGAUACACAUGGAUCUAUUAGCGCGAUAUACAGAUUUAAGUCUUCUGGAAAGGGCUCUUGUUCAUCUACCACAAAGCCUCAGUGAGGCCUAUGGUGAAGCAAUGAAACAGGUCGUCAGCCAGAGUCCAAGUGCCACGCGCCACGUCUACUGGACACUGUAUGCUUUUCGUCCUCUGACCGUGGAGGAACUCAGAUGUGCCACGAAGGCUGCGGGAAGUGAGCCAAAUACUGAAUCCGAGUCCUUCGAAACCUCCUUACAGACCAGGAGUGCGGGACUUCUGACAGUCGAUGCCGUGACGGGCACCGUCCGUUUCAUUCAUAAAACCGUGAAAGAGUACCUUAACGGCACAGCGGCUAGGGUUUUCUUCCCGACUGCUCCAAAGGAUAUUGCAGAAGUCUGUUUGACUGCCAUUAGCCCUGACGAAGUCGUGGACGAUUGUUAUUACAAUGGCGGGAAUCCUACCCGUACCACAAACAGCGGUUUUCUAGACUAUGCGGCAACAUAUUGGGGAUAUCACACGCGCGCAGUCGCCGGCGAAGAGCAAACAAUACAGGUCCUUAUCAAGGCGUUCCUCAACAAGUUUUUGUGGAGACGACCACCUUUGAAAUACGUAAAUGAGGAAGAGAUUAUGCCCACGGAAUUAGGUCUAGGGAAGUACCCUAAGGACUGGACCGCCCUCCACAUACUCGCUUUUUACGGGAUUGUGGGAAAGACGAAGCGUCUCAUUACGCAGGGUGCAGAGAUUGAUGCUAAUGAUAAUUCAUUCAAGUUCACUCCCCUGCAUUGUGCAGCCUACAGAGGACACGACGAGAUGGUUGGUUUCUUGCUCGAUAAUGGAGCCGAUGGCAAUGCGGUCACUAGGAAUGGCAGCACAGCUUUGCACCUAGCUACCAAAUAUGGCCAACGGAAGGUUAUGAAAGUUUUGCUUCAUCGACGUGUUAAUUCUCAAAUCGCAAACGAGUAUGGGGAAACAGGCCUCCAGCUUGCCGUUGGAACAGAAUCGGACGAGUCAACUGUUCCCUUGCUGGUAAAAAACAGGGUUGACGUGAACAUUCGAAACAUCCGAAGCGGGGAUACGCCACUUCACCUUGCUGUCGAAUGGAGACGGCCGCGUAUUAUCCUGUUUCUCCUCGACAGGGGCGCAGCAAUCGACAUGGCCAACGAAGAUGGUUUCACUCCCCUUCAGUUAGCGGCGAAGGUCGAUAACUGCGAAGCCAUCUCGUUGCUUCUACAGAGAUGCGCCAAUGUUGAAGCUCGUUCACUCUCUGGAUAUACGGCACUACAGCUUGCAGCACAUGCCAAAAAUUGGAUUGCCUUUGAUCUUUUACUUAUUGGGGGUGCGAAUAUCAAUGCAUGGAGUAAAAAUGGAGAGACUCUGCUUCAUGAGCAAGCAAGAACCUCGAAGACCAUUGGCGUUGUCGCAAAGUUAUUAGAUCAUGGUGCCAAUCUUGAAGCACGCACAUCCCAAGGUUAUACACCACUACAAUGCGCUGCUAGGGCUGGAAAUAGAAAUAUGUUCUUGUUUUUACUUGAGAGAGGAGCAAAUAUCGACGUGGAGACGGCCAAGGGAGAGUCAAUCCUCACAUCACUCCCCCGCCAAGGCUGGGAGCCGCUACACCAAGCAGUCUCAGUGGGCGCAGGUGUGUCUGAUCUUGCGUUUGACAAGACAGCUGAGUAUAUAUACUUGCUUAUAGCUCACGGUGCCGAUGUGAAUGCGCGCUCCGCAGCAGCCACCGGGGAGACUGCGCUGCAUCUGGCCACCAUGGCACUUAUCCCAAGACCUUCUUUGAUAAAUAUACUGUUGAAAAUAGGUGCUGACGUGAACGCCAUGACGGGCGACGGGAAAACAGCACUUCAUCUAGCCGCGGAACGGGGCCGUGAAUCGGUUUUCCGCAUCCUACUGGACGCUGGUGCUGAUAUUUCAGCUGAGGCACUAGAAAGUGCAGAGACUGACGAUGAAAAUGAGACUAUGGUUGGCAGUACGCCCCUAGACUUGGCUCGCAAGAAUCCCUUUGGAGUCAUGUGGUUCGACACUGAAGGUCGACUGCGUCCAAUGGAGAAGAAAAGGCGAGAUAGCUCUGGAACGAUCAUUGAGGACCUAAAUGCCGAUGGCUCGGAAGAUGACACCGGUGAAUCGACUCUUGUUGGGAGCGAGCAGCCGUACGUUGUUGUAUGA